AUGUUGUGUACUUUAGCCCCGUCGACCACGCAGAUCGUCCUCUGCACCGAUGACCAGGCCGUCGUGGAUACGCUCAAACGUGUGUCCCCCCGGCUCUUCGCGCGCGAGGUUGAAAUUCUGUCGACCGAGACCCCGGAAACGAUUGUGGACGUCGACGAGGCGCUUAUUAACGAUACCCCGUGCAUCGAUUUCACGCUGGAGGAUUUCGCUCCAAGGUGUGGUCGGGCAAAGGUGCUGGAUGACGCCGCCCUAUCACCUUUGAAGAGUAUCCCGGAUGUCUUGGCGUCCCCUGCAGAGGAAAGGCCCGAGGCGGUGACGGAUCCCAAGGCGGCGCUCCCCCAUGACGAAAGCGACCUUUCCACUGCGAAACACGAAGGAGUGGCAGGCCCUGAUGCGCUUCACCUCUGGGAUUCCCCCUGGCUUUCCAUGCUGAACGAUCCCUUGGAGGAUCCCGUAUUAGUACCUACGGCUGAGCAGGAAGACGCGCGCGCGGAGGGGGGGAGCUCCGAGAAAGCCUCAUCCGCCCCUGCCCUCAGCGAGGGCUUCACGGCAACAGCGCGUGAGGGUGCGCUCGAACACGGCGAGCAGCCGCCCUACGAGGCGCUUAUGGACCUCUACGCCUCGCCAAACGAUGUCAUCCCGAUUGGGGUGAAGGUGCGCGAGGCGAAUGACCUGGGGAGCAUCUUUGGGCAGUUCGACGUGAUGGAUCCGGACGCCCGGGCGCUGCAGGAGGAGGAGGCGAAGGCGCGAAGGAGCCGAUUGACGGCGGAGGGAGGGGCCCAUCAAACCGGAAAGCGCCGACGGCGACGGUUGGAGCUGGAGAAGGAGGCACUGAACAGUCGUGGGGCAUCAAACAAGGAGAAGUAUCACCUCGCUCGGCAGCUGUCCAACCAGUCCGGUGGACGCGUUCCUUUCAACUUUAGAUAUCGAGUUGUCGAGGCCAACAUCCUCGACCCGCGCAACGCGCCAUUGCGUAAGAGCUACGAGGAGGCUUUGCAGAAGAAACGAGAGGCCUUCAAGAACAGGAUGUAA